UAACCCAAAGCACAUGGGAGACAUCACGCUCACCGCAUCUCCGCAUCACCUUCCUCGGGCAGGGCUCGGGCUCGUUGUACCGUACCUUUGUGUUACAAUAGUCUUCCUCCAUCUCCACCGCCAUCGAAUAGUAUUACCGACCCGAAGUUCUCCCAGCAGCACCUACAGGCACCCGCGGUAAUUCUAGACCGGUAUAAAAACGAUCGCCUCCGUAGGUGCAAUUUCCAGUUCACAGGUGACGCUACAACCAUCCGCUGUGCUGUGCAAUCGUGCGUGACACGUGCCUCAACGUGUGUUGCUGAUCAACAAAAGUGUCCAGAAUUUUAUCCUGUUUUGUGAUUUAAGAGUUUCGAAAUCAAAACCCCACCAUGAUAGUGCUCGUGUUUAUAGGCGUGUUUGCCAUCGUGUAUUACAUAAACUUUCGAAGAUCCCGCAAACGGUUGUACGAGCUAGCGGAACGAAUACCGGGUCCGUUCGAUUAUCCUUUAAUUGGCAGCAUACUACUGACGCUCGGCAAGGAUCCGCUAGAGUUGGUAGCCCAUCUGAUGGAGCUGAUGCAUCAGCUACCGUCGCCAAUGCGUGCCUGGCUCGGUCCAUUUCUGCUGGUCGUUAUCGAUCGGCCCGAAAUGGUGCAGGACAUUCUGAACUCGCCCGACUGCCUCCAGAAACCGUUCAUGUACGACUUUUUUCGCCUCAACAAGGGACUGUUCGGUGCACCGGCUGCUAUGUGGCGCCGGCAUCGCAAACUUCUCAACACGUCCUUUUCCCCGGCCGUGCUGAAAAGUUUCGUACCGAAGCUAAACGCAAAGGCGGAACAGUUUACCCGCGAGCUGGACGACAAAGUAUCGAGCGAAUGCUUUGACGUGCAUACGCUGCUGGCCCGCUACACCUUGGUAACCAUCUCGUCCACGACGCUCGGCGCAGAUCUAAGCGUCGAGAGGCGGGAAGUGUUGGAAGAAUAUAGCAGUAACGCCAUCCAAAUGUUUACUGCCAGCUUCGAGCGUAUCUACAAAGCUUGGUUGCAUCCCGAGUUUCUGUACCAAAUGACUUCCGCGUUCAAGGAGGAACAGGCCCGGAUGAAGCUAUUCAAGCAGAUGUCACGCAAGAUUAUAAACAUAAGGCAAGCUCUGCAGCCGUCAGGUAAACCCAAAGACGACCUCCAAGACUCGGACCCCGAGGACAGGCAGGAGUUCCCGAAGGCGAAAAAUUUCAUCGAACGGCUGGAGGAAAUCGCGACCGACCCGAGCAACAGUAUCGAUGAGGACGGGUUUCAGCAGCACAUCGAUACGAUGAUGUUCGGUGGCAACGAUACCUCCGCCCAGGCCCUCUCGAACACGCUGCUAACGCUGGGUAUGUAUCCCGACUGGCAGGAGAAAGUUUACCAGGAAAUCAUGGAAGUCGCACCGAGCGGACCCAUCUCGUACGAGGAUCUCACCAAGCUUACCAACAUGGAAAUGUUCCUGAAGGAAACGAUACGGCUCCUACCCAUCACGGGGCUUAUAGCGCGUGUCCCCACCAAGGAGGUCCAAGCGCAAGACGUUACGAUUCCGCCCGGCGCCAUCGUGCUGAUUCCGUUCCUUAAAAUGCAUCGUGACAAAGCGCUCUGGGGACCGGAUGCGGAACAGUUUAAUCCGGACAACUUUCUGCCGGAACGGUGCGCCCAGCGACAUCCGUACGCGUUCAUACCGUUCAGCCAGGGACCGCGGAACUGUAUCGGCAUGAAGUAUGGGUGGAUCUCGAUGAAGAUAUUACUGUGCCAUGUGGUGCGUCAGUAUCGCAUUGCCACCGACAUUAAGCUGAACGAAAUCAAGCUUUCACUGUCGCUGGUAAUGAAGCUGAACAAAAAACACUUGAUCCGAUUGGAGCGUCGCUGUGCGGCCAGCUGAAAAAACGGGCGAUAGGCAUCGAAAUAAAAAUUUCCCUCGCACCGCUGUGCUUCUAGUUCUA